GACAAAUGGAUUUGAACAAAAAAAAAAGGGAGAAGAAUUUUAGAGACGGAAGGAAGGAGUAUGUUAUUUGAACAUAAACCCUUGGCUAUGCGGCUGUCUGUAUAUUAAAACUCAUCAAUUACAUUAGAGAUGUAUGUAUACAUGGUGCAGGACUCAUACGCACUGUGCCGUGUGUUCAAGAAGAACGGAAUAUGCUAUGGAAAAAUCGAAGAGUUGCAAGCACAACAGCCCCAUGCUGCGACUGGUAGCAGUAGUAGCAGUAGCAGUUUGCAAGUCCUCACGCGGCAGGUCACUGUGGCCUGCUAUGAAACACCUUCACCCGACAUUCCGUUCACGUCGUCCUCUUGCAACGACAUCAAAGAUGAUCAAGAUAAAGGCGGUGAUGAGUCGUGGAUGCAGUUCAUCACUGAGGAUGCUUGGUCUUCCUUCACUUCGGACUCUGUGUCCCAAACAACCCCCACUUUUACCACCUAAUAUAAUGUUCUCUUGCUUGCAGCCUCAGCUUUAUCAUAAGUGAUGCAAUAAUACAAAUAUAUAACUACUACUAGUUUGACUGUCUGAUUCCAACGGUUUAAUCGGAUUUCAAUUCGGAGAAAGUUGGACCAAAAAGUGUUCCCCGACUGGGACCAAAUUAGUCCCAAUCAGGGACUUACGUUUAGAAUCGGAGAAGAUAGCAGCCCACUCCACUCAGCCGCCGAAACAGUCGAAAGGAGGUCAUCACCGUGUCUGUUUCCUCUUCACUAAGGCUAUAUAAGGACCACCUCUUCCUACCCAAUUCUUCACCAUUUCUUCCCAAAUUGCUUCUGAGAGUUAGCUUUGAGUGUGUAGAACGCAGUGGUGCUGUCAUAUUGGUGUGAGGUCGCCGGAGAUAGCCACAAUCCUUGCCGGAAGUUUCGCCGGAAAAUUUCCAAAACCUCCAUUACGCUUCGAGGUAAGCCCGUAGAUAUAUCUAGUGAUUAGAAUGUUCGUAUAGAUCGUUUUUACGUUCAUAAACGGUCGUUUGGUUGAGUUUUAUGUUUGACAUGUUUGAAGAACCAAGAAUCAUAAACC